AUCCCCGAGACAAGCUCGCGGAGCUGCGCAUGCAGAGAAGAAAACUACUCUCCAGAGUCAUCAUGACGCAGUUUUAGGGAAACUUUUUCCACGGAGCCCGGAAAUCUUUCAGUCCAGGAAACUUUUAUUAUUUUACCCAACAGUUUUCACUUCUCCGAGUUUUCAUUUCCCUGAUUCCCAACCGCCGCCGCGCACCGGUGUGAUGCCCGCCGGGAUGUUCAGUAUAGACAGCAUUCUGUCCGGCCGGCCGAGCUGCAAGGAACCGCUGCUGCUGCACCGGAGCGGCCCGGUAGUGCUGUCCGCCGGCCUCACGGACUCUAUCUACACCGACUACAACGGACUGUACACGGCCACAUGCGGGCCCACUCCCCCUGGGGUUCAGUCGGUGAACGGGACCAGAAUAGGAUAUAACGGCUACUACUACGGACAGCUGCACGUCCAGGGUACCGGAGGAGGGCCGCCGUGCUGCGGCUCAGUGCCCGGCCUCAGCCCGCAGCAGUGCCCCUGCAUCCCGGCAGGCUACGACAGCCCGGGCUCGGUGCUGAUCUCUCCGGUCCCGCACCAGAUGAUGUCCUACAUGAACAUGGGCAGCCUGUCCCGGACCGAGCUGCAACUCCUCAACCAGCUGCACUGCCGUAGGAAGCGGCGGCAUCGCACCAUCUUCACCGACGAGCAGCUGGAGGCUCUGGAGGGCCUCUUCCAGGAGACCAAGUACCCCGAUGUCGGCACCCGGGAGCAGUUAGCCCGCAAAGUCCACCUCCGGGAGGAGAAGGUCGAGGUUUGGUUCAAAAACAGACGCGCGAAGUGGAGGAGGCAGAAAAGGUCUUCAUCAGAGGAAUCAGAGAACUCUCAGAAAUGGAACAAAACGACCAAAGAGUCCGCGGAGAAAACCGAGGAGAGUAAAAGCGAAGUGGACUCGGACAGCUGAUAAAAGCGAGCUAACACGGCCACAUGUGUGUGUGUACAUAUAGUGGACUCGGUGUGAUGAGACGUGUUGCCAUGUUGCACAGUUGUACAUAUCUACAUUUUAUUAUUGAUUCUGUGUCCGCUAUUUAUAUUUAAUUUAAGUUGUUUUGUAAUGUUACGCACGCCAGGGGGGACGUGAUGCCCGCUGGAUUGACUGACAUGUCUGAAUAUAUCGUAAUGCUAUAUGUGACAUUUUUAUGGAUAUUAAAUGUUGUAAUUCUGGUAUAACAUUAUUGAUCGCGCUCAGCCAGCUGCAGGGGAACAUUGUGGAGUCUGUACAAACAUUCAGGCUGAGCUGUGGAGGAAUAUGCCGACUUUUUAUGUUAUUUUAUUUUGCAAAAAUAAGAAAACCUACUUAAAAGUACAACGAGUAUACAUUAAAAUAUAAAGUAAACAUCUUCAA